AUGUUACCAAACGACGUCGAUCAUUUGGAAAAAUCACUUGUUGAUCGAAUUAAAACAGCUAUACGACAACAAUUGUCAGCAAGACAUGUUCCAGAAAUUAUUAUACAAGUUCCAGAAAUUCCGUAUACAAUUAAUAUGAAAAAAGUUGAAGUACCUAUUCGUCGUAUAAUUGAAGGUCAACCAAUGCAUGCAACAGGUUCAUUAGCUAAUCCAAAUUGUCUUGAUUAUUAUCGAAAUAUACCUGAAUUAAGUAAAUGGUAA